CCACACCGCUCUGCCCUUUCUUCUGCUUCCUUUUCUCCCCUGUUUCUUCUUCUCUCCCCUCUUCCACAGCGAAGAAGGCGGGAGAAAAAGAACCAAAACCCGCCAUGGAAAACCGCAUAGCUCUAUUCUUCUUCACUCUCCUCACAUUUUUCACCCCCAAGUCUCUGGCUUUCGACUACGCCGACGCAUUGACGAAGAGCCUCCUGUACUUCGAGUCCCAGCGCUCCGGCCGCUUGCCGUACAACCAGAGAAUCUCCUGGCGCGACCAUUCCGGCCUCACCGACGGCUUGGAGCAGGGCGUGGAUUUGGUCGGAGGGUAUUACGACGCCGGCGACCACGUGAAGUUCGGCCUCCCGAUGGCCUUCACCGUCACAAUGCUGUCGUGGGGUGUUCUCGAGUCCCGGCAACAGAUCGCCGCCGCCGGCGAAUUGGAGCACGCGCUGGAAGCUAUCAAAUGGGGGACUGAUUAUUUCAUCAAGGCUCACACUAGUCCGAAUGUUCUCUGGGCAGAGGUGGGCGACGGGGACACCGACCAUUACUGCUGGCAGAGGCCGGAGGACAUGACGACGUCACGGCGAGCUUAUCGGAUCGAUGAGAACAAUCCCGGGUCGGAUCUCGCCGGAGAAACAGCAGCGGCGAUGGCCGCCGCGUCGAUGGUGUUCAAAUCCACCAACCGACAUUACUCACACUUGCUCUUGCACCAUGCUCAGCAGUUGUUCGAGUUUGGGGACAAGUACAGAGGCAAAUACGAUUCGAGUUUGGGAGUAGUGAAGGGUUACUACACUUCAGUGAGUGGGUUCAUGGACGAGCUACUGUGGGGUGCUAUGUGGCUGUACAGAGCCACCGACAAUGAGAAGUAUUUGAAGUAUGUGAUUGAGAAUGCUCAUGGCUUUGGAGGGAUUGGUUGGGCCAUAACAGAGUUCAGUUGGGAUGUUAAAUAUGCUGGAAUUCAAAUCAUGGCUUCAAAGUUGCUUGGAGAAGCAAAGCACAAACAACACAGCCAAACACUCUUACAAUACAGAUCAAAGGCAGAGUUCUACCUAUGUUCAAUCCUCAACAAGCACAACAGCAACAACACCAACGUAGUUCACACCCCAGGCGGCCUCAUAUACAUAAGAGAAUGGAACAACAUGCAGCAUGUCUCUACAGCUGCAUUCCUCCUUACAUUCUAUUCCGAUUUCCUUCGAGAAUCAAAUCAAAACCUCAAUUGUCGUGAAGGGACAGUAAGGCACGAAGAGCUCCUUCGAUUCGCCAAGUCCCAAGUCGACUACAUCCUGGGUUCGAACCCUAUGAACAUGAGCUACAUGGUGGGUUAUGGUUCUAAUUACCCAAAAAGGGUUCACCAUAGGGGCGCCUCGAUCGUCUCUUACAGAGAGAACAAAGGGUUCAUUGGGUGCACACAAGGGUAUGAUAAUUGGUAUGGCAGGCAAGAUCCAAACCCUAACUUGUUGGUUGGGGCACUGGUUGGAGGGCCUGAUUUUGAGGACAAGUUUGUUGAUAGUAGAGAGAAUUUCAUGCAGACUGAGGCCUGCACUUAUAAUACAGCUCCAUUGGUUGGAGUUUUUGCAAAGUUGUUGGCUUUGGAAGAGCAAUCACAGAGCCAUGAUGGUGAUGAUGAUGAUCAACAGUUGGUUGCUUCCUUUUAAGGGAGAAACUUGAAACUGGCUGAUUUUCUAUUGAAUAGCAUUUUGUUUCUUUUUUACUUUGUGGGAAGGUGUGAUUUUUCAGUUUGCAUCCCAAUCACAGGACAAAAGGCUUGGUCCUGUUUACUUUUGUUGUUUUAGUUUUCUUGGUUUCUGUUUGUGUAUAGAUUUCUAUAUAGAGGAAGAACACUGCUGUGAACAGCAAAAGCAAGUGGGAAAACAAGAGAAGAAGGGAAGGUUGAUUAGCUCAACAACGUUGUACAUCGUUCUUUCCUUUUGAGAGUAAUACAGCAAAGGUUGUUUAUCCAGCACCAGAGAUGGGGGGAGAGAUUGUAACUGGAAUUAUUUGGAUCGUUUCCUUUCUUAAUAUCUUGUUAAGAGUAAGGUUCCUUCAAUCAAUUAUAGUAUUGCCUACACAUAAAAA